CCGCCCCUUCCACCCUCUCCAUCGGCCUGUCGAAGCCUCGCUGGACUUCGGCCUCGCCCUCGCGCGCUCCGCCCUCGCCCUCCACACCACACCCGUAACUAUCGGCGCUCGAUCUCCCGCGCCGGGCGGGAGCCCGAGCCUCCGGGCCCAUGGCCAAGCGGCGUGCGGCCGAGCCGGUGACGUUCCACGUGCCUUGGAAGCGGCUCCUGCUCUGCGACUUCACGGAGGAGCCGCCGCCGUCUUCGCCGCUCUGGAUCCGGCCGCCGGGGGCCUCGCAUACCGGGCAGCCUCUCGGCGUCCCGGAGCUGCACCGAAAGCGCAAAAUCGAGGCGGGGGCCAUGGCAGAGCCUUCAGCUUUGCCCAGCAAGCGCCGUGACAGCGGGGACAGCAGCGCCCCAGGCGGCGAAGAGUCUGAGGGCCGCGGCCUGGAAACGGGCGAGCCGCCGCAGCUGCAGCAGCCCGUUCAGCCCCGAGGGCCGGGGGAGGAGCUCCGGGACUCCCGGCCCCCGGGGGGCGGUGGCGACGACGGGGCGGGGCGCGCAGGGCCCCAGAGCGGAGACUGGGGGGCCGCCCCGCGCCAGCACAAUGAGGAAUUUUGGCAGUAUAAUUCCUUCCAGUACUGGAGGAAUCCUUUACCACCUAUUGAUCUGGCAGACAUUGAAGAUGCGACUAAAGACAACCUGACAGAAGCAACACUUCAGGACAAGAAUGAAGUGGCUGAGAUUGACAUGGAGUCCUGACAUAAGGAACUGAAUAAGUGGGAUUCAUUGAAUUUGAGGAAACAUCUCUAAGUGAAUUCAUGUAUUCUUAAGGAAAAAGUUAUUUUCCAUACUUGACGUGAUAUCAUUUCCAAACCUGAAAAAUGAGGAAAGGUUGUUUUGACAAUAAAUAUCUGCAGUUACUACUCAACCUCUCAAUAGGGAUUUGUCAAGGAUAUAGUGCAGUUGUUGGGAAAGUAUUUUAUGUAUGCAUUCUGAAGGAAAAAAAGCUUUGUUUAGACUCUAAAUUUGAAGAUAGUGAUCUUAUGAAAAGAAAUUCUGGCAGUUUUCGAAAUAGGUGGGAAACACUCAAAUAUUCCUCUGGUCUGCACCAAAAAGUUUGUUUGUGGUACAUGAAAUAAAUAGUUGUUUUAUAAUAGCUGUUACUAAUAAAAUACUUUCUAAUACAUU